AUGUCGUCACCAUCGCCCGAGUUCCAUUCGUCGCAAUUCUCGAUAACCUCGCCGCGUCGCAUACCCAAGUCCGCGUUUACGUAUAAGCAGCUGCACCAGCUCAAGACGUACAACCCCCAGACACCCCUCCGCGUCAUCGCGCACGUCGACCUCGAUGCCUUCUACGCGCAAUGCGAAACCGUCCGCCUUGGCAUCGAUCCCUCCAAGCCCCUCGCAGUCCAGCAAUGGCAGGGCCUCAUAGCAAUCAACUACCCCGCACGCGCAUUUGGACUAAGCCGGCAUGUCACUUCGACGGAAGCGUUGAAGCAAUGCCCCGACCUAAUACUACAACAUGUCGCGACAUGGAAGGAGGGCGACGAGAAAUGGGCAUACCAUGAAAAUAGCUUCAAGGACAUGGCGACGCACAAGGUCAGCCUGGACCCAUAUCGCAUGGAGAGUCGCAAGAUUUUGAAAUGCAUAAAGGAUGCUUUACCAGAAAAGGAACAACGCGUGGAGAAAGCAAGUAUCGAUGAGGUCUUCAUGGAUCUGAGUGCGCAAGUGUACACGAUAUUGCUGGAGAGAUAUCCUGAACUGAGAGGACCCCCGCCAUACGAUGACUCGUCAGAACGACUGCCCAAAGUACCUACAACCGUCUUGGACUGGGCGGCUGACGCGCUUGUUGAGACAGGUGAAGAAGAUGGAGAAGACAGGGAUCCAGAUUGGGAUGAUGUGUGCAUGGUCAUCGCAUCCGAGAUUGUACGAGAUGUGAGGAAACAGAUCAAAGACACACUGGGUUAUACGUGCUCUGGGGGAGUCGCAAGGAACAAGAUAUUGUCAAAACUAGGAUCAGGGUACAAGAAACCAAAUCAACAGACCGUUAUCCGGAACCGCGCUAUCGAGCACUUUCUUUCCGAUAUGAAAUUUACCAAAAUCCGAAUGCUAGGAGGCAAACUAGGAGAUGAGGUCGUCGCAAUGUUUGGUACGGAUAAAGUCAAGGACCUUGUGGAACAGCCAUUGGAUCAAUUGAAAAAGCUAGGUGAUGACACAGGCAGUUGGAUAUACUCCAUCAUUAGAGGUGAAGAUAAUAGCGAGGUCAAUCCGCGUACUCAGAUCAAAAGCAUGCUUUCGGCAAAAUCCUUCAGACCCGCUAUCAACUCGUUCGAGCAGGGUGUGAGGUGGCUGCGCAUCUUCGUGGCCGACAUAUUCUCACGAUGCGUAGAAGAGGGUGUGCUAGAGAACAAGAGAAGACCCAAGAGCAUCAACCUGCACCACCGCCAAGGUGCGCAAACGCGGAGUCGACAAGCACCGAUACCCCAGGGCAAACCACUAUCAGAAACCAUACUAUUCGAUCUCGCCAAAAAUCUAUUGGCUCAAGUAGUCGUUGAUGGGAGAGCCUGGCCAUGUGCUAAUCUCUCCUUGAGCGUCGGAGGCUUCGAAGAUGGUAUCACGAACAACAAAGGCAUCGGUGGUUUUCUAGUUCGGGGUGAGGAAGCAAAGGCCAUGAUGUCGACUGGUAGAGCUAUAACUGGUGGAGGCGAACCACCAGCAAAGCGAAGAAGGACAAAAGGAAACAUUGCCAACUUCUUCGGCCCAAGAGACGAGAAGAAGAAAGAUUUUGAUGCAGCGAGGGCAGUACUCUGGAGAACACAUAGCGAGUCCACGCGAGAUGAAAGUGGGGACGAGGCAGAAGAGACAGGGGAAGAUCACGAUCCAUUCAGCGCACAACAAAGUCAUGAAUUAGACCGACCUUCAACGCCAACGCUGGAACGCCAAAGUUCGGAUAUAAAUCUUUAUGCCAUAGGAACACCGCCCUCAGCCCAACCUCAGCCUGCUUCCCCCUCUCCACCACGACCACAGAACCACGACCCAGUAACACCAGUCCCUCAUUCCAGACCUAUAGCCCAGCAAAAAUCCGUCGACACAUAUUUCUGUUCUCGUUGUAACCUCCACCUUCCACCGGCGGACAAGCCCGAACACGAAGACUACCACUUUGCGCUCGAUCUGUCAAAGGAGAUGCGGCAUGAAGAGAGAAAUCCCCCUACGCUCUCUGCAAGAAAAGGUGUAGGUGGAUCGAAGCCUUCCAGAGGGCGGGGACGACCGCCGGGAAGUGGAAGAGGAGAAGCGGUUGAGAAGGGGCAGGCGAAGCUAGCUUUUGGGAAAGGAAGUUGA